AUGUUCAGGCCUAGAAUUAGCUCGCUGGCUAGAUUUAAGAGAGCUGUUCAUCAGUUUAAAAUUUCAGAUGAGGUGAAAGAUGCCUUAUCAACAGGUAAGCCUGUUGUGUCAUUGGAAUCCACAAUUAUCACACAUGGAUUGCCAUAUCCACAGAAUCUGGAAAUGGCCAGAAGCGUGGAAUCGAAAAUUCGGGAACAUGGUGCAAUUCCGGCGACAAUCGCAUUCAUGGACGGUACACCCAAAGUGGGCAUCGAAUCGUGGGAAAUAGAAAGAUUGGCCAACGCUGCUGGAUCUGGCAACAUCAACAAGGUGUCUAGAAGAGAUAUGGCAUACACAAUGGCCAAUAAACUUUUGGGAGGCACCACCAUUUCGAGCACUAUGAUUCUUUCACAGUUGGCGGGAAUCAAGGUUUUCGCUACAGGCGGUUUGGGCGGGGUUCACAGGGGAGCGGAAGUGACAAUGGACGUUAGUGCUGAUCUCGAGGAACUGGGUAGAACACCCGUAGCAGUGGUAUGUGCUGGUCCGAAGGCGAUCUUGGAUAUCGAGAAAACAAUGGAGUAUCUCGAAACUAAAGGUUGUUUGGUUGCGACCAUGGGAACACCUGGAUCUAACGUGCCGGGAUUUUAUACCAGAGACUCGGGUGUGAAGUCACCAUACAACUUCGAAACUUUUGAGCAAGCUGCUCAAAUAAUACAUGCCGGCAGGCAGCUGGGCCUCGACUCCGGUUAUCUAAUGUGUAUCCCACCUCCUGUACAAGUAGCACUAGACGAUACCCUCAUAAGUGGGAUUAUAGAGGGGGCUACAUCCAAAGCCAACAACCUAGGUAUUCGAGGCAAAGAACUGACACCUUUUCUGCUAAGCGAAAUUGCGCGUGAAACCCAGGGUGCCUCAGUUACAAGCAACAUACAAUUUGUAUUGAACAAUGCUCGUGCUGGUGCUCAUAUCGCCUCGGCCCUUUCAAGAUUGAAAAAUCAAGGUCAUCCUUACAGUGGGUUACAGCCGUCACAAGUUCUGGUGAAAUCUAAGACUCAAAGUGGUCCGGAUACGAACACUACCGUUGUUGUUGGUGCAGUGGCCUUAGACACUCAAUGUUCCAUUGAUAGCCGUGUGCGUAUGAACGACUCUAAUCCUGGAAGGGUAGAGUCUGCGAUCGGAGGAGUAGGUUAUAACGUUGCCUUGGCAGCCCAUUGGUCCAAUCGAUAUCCUACAAUUACAACGAAGCUCUUGACAAGUGUUGGAAACGACUUAGCCGCAUCUUCUAUCCUCAAAGACCUGAAACUGCCAUCGGAUACUAUACACAUCGAUCAAGAGAACCCAACUGCACAAUAUGUUUCUAUACAUUCUAAAAAUGGAGAGCUUGUAGUUGCCUGUGCGGAUAUGGAUAUAAUCACCAAAUUACCUGAUGCAUUCCUAAUCAAACAACUCCAGACUUUGAAACCAAAUGUCGUAGUUGUGGAUGCAAACGUGUCUGUUGGUACACUACAACAGUUAGUAACUUUAGAGCGCGAGUUACAAUUUAAGCUGAUAUUCGAGCCUACCUCCGGCUCGAAGGCCAGAAAGUUGAGUUUACUAAAAAAUCUUCGACCCUUUCCUGACAAUUCGUUUUUCCUCAUCACACCAACUCGCUCAGAGCUAGAGAGCAUCUUCACCUCUUUUGAAAGUGAAGGUAAAUUCGACGUAGAUCAAUGGUUUCCUAUCUUAGAUGCCCUUCAAAUUGAUGCUGCUAUGAGGGCUAAAAACGCUGUGGCUUUCGAGAAAGGGCUGUUUUACGCGAAGCAACAAGGCAUCUUUCACAUGGCAUGCAACCUACUGCCAUAUUUCCCCAGAAUUGCGGUAAAGGACGGCGCCAACGGACUUUUCGUUUUCACUCUCAAAGAAGAUAUCGGAGAACAGCAUAACAGAGAGUCUCUUGCAAACGCAUCUUUUGCUACAAAGGGCUUAAGCUUGAAAGGAAAAUCUGUGGGCAUGAUGUUUGAACACUACGAAGUGCCCCUAAAAAGUGUCUGCGUGAAAAAUGUGAGCGGUGCAGGAGACACUUUGCUGGGAGUUUUGUCUAAUGAAAUCUGCCAUCAAGGCGACAUAUUCAAUAAAACUGCUUCUAUCAGGCGGGCGUGUAUGGAUCGAGCCCAAAGUGGUGCCAGGCUGAGUGUAGAAGAUUAUGGCACCGUUAGCAUAAAGCUCAAAGAGCUUGCCUAA